GCGCCACGUGAAGUGUGCAACUUUUCUCUUUACGUGAAACUAGUUCGGUUAAACAGGCUGAAUUUUACGACUGCGUGUUAGAUGCGGUAUAUUAAGCGUUUAAAAAGUACCUGGCUGAUCGGCAUUUCGUUUUAAUUCGCGGAUCAAGGUCCGUUAUCCAUAACGAUGAGCAGCUUUGAGGCCCAUUUUGUGGAUGGGAACUACGCUGCGCUUGUUCAGAGGGUUACCUCAGUGAUGGCAAUAGCAGAUGAACUAAAAAAUGAGGACAUAAUACAUGAGGAAAAAUAUGCAGAGAUCAGAGCAGAACAAACCAGCCAGGGCAAAAUGAGAAAGCUCUUUGAAGCGCUUAAUGCUGGAGGACACCGAGUGAAAAAUGACUUUUAUUAUGCUCUGAGAAAUCAUGAACCAUACCUCUUCAGAGACUUGGCCCCCUGCACCCAAGAAACUGAAGACCCCUGCAACCAAGACAUGGAAACAGACGUCACUUGGAAAAUAAGAUGCAGCUGAAGAUGAAGCAAUGUAAAAAAAUGCUGUUAAAGGAACAGUUCACACAAAUUAAAACUGUCAUCAGUUAUUCUCCCUAAUGUCACUGAACACCUUUAACCAUAAUUUUUCAUAAUUUUUUUACUUUGUGUUCCAUAU